UUCCGUAACGUGCCGUCGUCUUCCAGACGGGGGACACCAAACUUGAACACCAUUAAAUCCAUAUACAGGGAAGGAAAACACACACACAGAGAACGAAUUUGUUGACAAAAACAUGUUUAGACGUUAUAAUAUGUACGGGGUUGUGGAAAGUGUUUCCUAUUACUUUCUGUUUUAAAGACUACGGACCCUGAACCGAUCCUGCAGUCUGAACCGAUCCCAGCAGCACCUGACACUGAUCUUUGAACUUUACAAACGGAAGUGAUUUUUCCAGAGAAAGGCCAUGACGGAGAAGCUGGUGAUCAUUGACACAGACUGCGGCAUCGAUGAUGCUCAGGCGUUAAUGAUGGCCCUGGCUGCGCCCAACGUGCAGAUCCUGGGCCUCACCUGCGUCCACGGGAACACGUCGGUGGAGAACGUUUGUCAGAACGUUCUGAGGGUGCUCUCUGUCUGUGAGCGGGAAGGCAUUCCAGUGUUUCGAGGGGCGGCGGGUCCUCUGAUCGGAGCCAGUAAUCCAAGCAGUGACCACUUUGGAGGUGACGGACUGGGAGAUGUGAUAGAGGACAGAGAUCCUCAGUGGGAGAAGAAGAUCCAGCGAGAGCAUGCAGCCAGUGCCAUGAUUAGACUGGUGUCUGAAAACCAGAAGCAGGUCUCCCUGGUGGCCCUCGGCCCGCUCACUAAUCUGGCUCUCGCCGUCAGACUGGACCCAGGUUUCCCCCAGAAGCUCCGAGACUUGUACAUCAUGGGUGGCAACAUGGAAGGAAAAGGGAAUGUGACACUUUGUUCAGAGUUUAACUUUGCAAUGGAUCCAGAGUCAGCGUACGUUGUUCUUGAAGAAUACCUCUGCCCUACUUACAUCGCAUCAUGGGAAUACGCGUGCCGAAAUCCUCUGACAUGGGAGUUCUUUGAAGAGCUGAUCAAUCAAGACUUUGCAGCGGCACGCUUCAUGAAGCUGAUAACGUCCAAGUGUUGGGCCUACUCCAAAGAGGCUAUGAAGACUAAGAGGGAUGUCUACUUUGGACCUGGCUUUGUCUCGUACGAUUCCUACGCGAUGGCGGCCUGUAUCGAUAGCAGCGUGGUGACGGACAGCAUCACGUGUCCCGUCCGUGUGGAGCUGCAGGGGGCCCUCGGUCGGGGCAUGAUGGUGCUCGAUCGCAUCAAUGCACUAAAGAAGAACCACUGUGUAACCGUCAUGACUACAUGUGACCUGGUCAAGUUUGGUCGGCUACUGAUGGAGUCUCUCAGGCAACCCUGCAAGAGGUAGACCAUGGUGUCCCUACUGCAUCAGUGACUGCAUUUACAUGCAGUAAUAACCCUUUUUAAAACCCGAAUAUUGGCAAUAACCCGGAUUUGCACGGCCAUGUAAACACCAAUAACCCCUUUGAAUAACCCGAAUUUGGUCAUAUUGGGGUUUUUAAAAACCCCUGGGUUACUCCUUUUAAAACCUGAAUAUUCGGUCAUGUAAACGCCUAAGGGGAUAUCCCGAUCAAACGGAACAGGAAUUAGUUUUCUGCACAUGCUCUGUUCGCAAGGAAUCCUGGUCUUUUGAGUCCAGGAAGUUCUUAUAAACACGGAGAAACGCAAGACCACGCCACACUUUUGGAGUGAGGAGGAGACUAAUCAUUUUAUAAAUGUAAUGAAGGAUAUGAAAAUUUUGACAUUUAUAGACGGUAGAAAGUACCGGGAUAGCGAGAUUUACAAGAAGGUGAGCGAAAAGUUGCGCGAAGCAGCAUUUGUUUUGAAUUUGGAUACAGGAAGAAGAAGCGGAAAUGACGGGAAUUGUGUCAUGAUGUUUUCCUCACGUCACUGGUUUGAUCCAGAUAUCCUAAUGAUUAAUUACCAUGUAAACGGAAUAUUCCAAAUGUCUCAGUAACCGGAAUAUUAGCAAUAACCUGAAUUUUGACUGCAUGUAAACGUUGUCAGUGCUGAAUUUCAUGGGCAACGUACAGUUUAGGUCUUUUCUAGGGAGAGUAUUGCUCAUUUCAGCAAGACAGUUAACAUCCAUAUUCUUUUACUGUUGUAGAAAGAGUCUGAUUCUAAACCUGAAACAUCUGAUGCAACCGACAACAAAUGUUUUUUGAAAUCUUUUAUUAAGCAAGAAUGUGAAAACAUGUAUAUUUUUCUUUAAAGACUAUUUCUAUCAUUUUUCACAAUUUUUUAUGAAAAUAAAAGGAUUAAAGACAUU